GCUCAGCGGCACUUUUGCUGGCUCAAAAAGGAUUCACCAGUGGGGAGUUGAGUUUAGAUUACCUCACCCCGUAUAGCAAUGGUGGACCACGCUACCGCCAAAUAUCUCAGCGACAAUGUCGGCACAGUGUUGGCGAAGGCGUUGGCUGACAUGGCGGUGCAACAACCAGCCGACGGCGUAGACUUUCUGGCAAAGUGGUUGAAGCAGUACGCCGAGCGCGAGGAGGACAAACUGAAGCAGGAGGCGGAGAAGAAAAAGCUCGAGGAGGAUCGCGCGAAGGCCAAGGCCGCCUUGGACGCGAAGGAGGCGGAGGCGAAGGCGCGGCUGGCCGCUGCGGAUGCCAAGACCGCAAAGUACCAGGGCCUUCUGGACAAGUUCUCCAACCCCGACACGGUCUUCGAGGACGCGUGCUGGGGCGAGCUCGUGUCUGUCGCGCAGGAGGUCACCGGCGCGAGCGCCGCCUACCUCGGCCUCCUCGAGGAGGACGGCCUGCAGGGAGAAGCUCCUGGGCCCUGCAUCGCGUACACGGCCGCCUCCGCGGGCUCCGAGUGGAUGGUGGACAGGGUGCUGCCAGACCAGACCGGCGUGACGUGGGGCGCGCUCAAGCAGCCCGUGGAGGAGGAGGACUUCGUCAAGUACAGCCUGUGGCGGCCGCCAAUGCCCCCAAAGCCGGACCCCGCGGACGCGCCAGAGCCAGCCGAGGGAGAGGAGCCGCCCGCAGAGGACGCCGAGGGCGGAGCCAGCACGGCCCCUGCUCUGCCCUACUACCCGGUCAACGUGACCUGCGUCACGGACGUCGACUCGAUGCACUACUUCGACUUGACGCGCCUGGGCGCCUACCUCGCGGUGCCGCUGGUGUACCCCACCUAUUAUACCGCCGAUUCGCUGGCCGACGCGAAGGCGUUUGAGGUGGAGAAGAAGACAGCGGACGCCGAGCGCGAGGAGGCCCGCCAGAAGAAGGUGGAAGAGCUGGAGGCGCUGAAGGCCCAGGCGGAGGCCGACGGCACGGAACCCCCCGACGAGGAGGCUUUCCUCGCCGAGGAGCCGGCGCCGGAGAAGCCGAUGGUGCUGCGCGGGAAGGACGUCAAGAUGGUGUUGUGUUUAGACACUUUGGGCACCAACGCCGCCAUCGACGAGGCCAAGAUCACCGAGAUGUUGGAGCUCUGCAAGGCCUGCGCGUUGUGCAAGUCGCAAUCGGAGACGAAGGCCGUGGACACGCAGGCGCUUGUCGAGAUCGAUCCGGACAUGCGGUCCGCGGCUGAGGAAGCCGUCGCGAGUUACCGUAAAGAGGCAGAUGAGGCUUUGGUGGCCGAGCAGCAGGAGGAGGAGGCCGCGGCGGAGGAGGAGGAGGCGAAGGAACUCGUCAAGGAGAAGUACGCUUACCUCCGCGCCAAAAUUGUAAUGCAGUCCAUGAGGAAGGAGAUAUUGGAGCUCACCUCCUGGGUGGUGGCCCCGCCGGAGCUCAUGGCCCUGGUGGCGAACUUUGCGCUGAUGUAUGGCUACACGAAGGAGCAGGUCUACCCCAAGAAGAAGGCAGUGCUCAGCUGGGAGAAGCUCAGCACCGUGCUGUCUGCCGCCCUCCUCGACGCCUGCGAGAGCUGCGAUGUCACCCUGGAGCGCCGCGGCCUGGCCCCCGAGCAGAAAUUGAGCAGCAUCCGGGACCAGGGCCUCGCCCUGGACGAGGAGAAGGCGCAGGCCCUCUGGCCCACUGUCGCGCCGCUGGCGGCCGUGCUGCGGCAGGCGGUCAGCUUCAGGGCGGCCCACCUCAAGCUCCGCAAAGCGGAGUUCGAGAAGGAGAAGGCGGCGAAGGAGGCCGAUGGCGAGGAGUUCAAGGCGCAGCCGCUGGAGGAGGUCGACGACGACUUUGUGGAGUGAGGGGCCGGUAGCCGAGCAGCUGCAAACGCAGCAGUCAGCAUUCGGCCCGUCUGCCACGUGCGCCGCCCGCACACGGGCCUGGCCACACGAGCCAUGCAUCUUUGGCACCCACUGGCUGUCCUUGCGUUCCUCCUCCUCGCGUCUGCGGAGGAUCGAGUGUUCCGCCCCCCCCUCUUCCUCCCCGUCCCGCGCGACCGGCGCUCGUUCGGCGCCCCCAGUCGCGCGCCGCGAGUCUCACCCGGAAGCCGCGCCGCCCCAGAGCGCGCUCGCGCUCGGCGGCGGCGCGGAGCCCUGCUGGCGAGCUCGGGGGGGGCACCAGCCGUCCGACUCAUGUUGCGGUGGGUUUCGAGCCACCGCGUCUCGAGAGAACGCGGGUGUGGCGACGGGCCCCGAG